AUGCUUAUUAGGAGGCUUCUGAGCGAUUCUUAUCGUCCUCUGGUUAGACCAUUAUCCACCCUGCCCGCAUUGAGGCAGCAGAGGCAACAACAAAACGCAACAGAGUUCCCUCUCAGAACCAUUCCCAAGUUGGCCACAUUCUACUCAGCGAAUCCAGUCCAUGAGCAUCGUGUCAAUCGAUUGGAGAGCUUACUUCGCAGAUAUGUGAAGCUGCCUACAGUUUCAGCAACACAACAACAGGAGCAGAGACCGGCAUGGAUCUCAUUCGACGAAUACGCCCUACUGGGUGGUGGCAGUCGAUUGAAGCCGAUCCAAUAUCAAGAGUUACUGUCGUUGCUCAACAAAUUGCAUGCUAUUGAUCCGCAGCUGGUCAAUGACGAAAUAAAGGUGGAAGUCGCCCAAUACUUCAAAAAGACAAAGAUCCAAUCGGUACAGAACUCGGUAAAGAGCUUGGAUGAGUUCGGCAGGAGCACAGCUAUCGGUAGGAGGAAAACGUCGGUUGCAAAAGUGCAGGUCGUGAGGGGCACUGGUCAGAUCCUAGUGAACAAUCGUCAAUUGAACGAUUACUUCGUCAAGUUGAAGGAUAGAGAGUCUAUUAUGUAUCCGCUGCAGGUAGUAGAUUCCGUUGGGAAGUACAAUAUCUUUGCCACCACGUCCGGCGGCGGGCCAACAGGCCAAGCGGAGGCCAUCAUGCUUGCCAUUGCCAAGUCGCUAAUCACCUUCAACCCGCUUCUCAAGCCAAGGCUGCGUAAGGCAGGUGUUAUCACUAGAGACUACAGGCACGUCGAAAGAAAGAAGCCCGGCAAGAAGAAGGCAAGAAAGAUGCCUACUUGGGUCAAGAGAUAG